CAGAAUCCGGCAACGUUCAAGACAGCCUUUCCUCCGAGUCGAUCACUGGGGGCGUUCGCUUCAAAAACUCAUCACUUGUGAGGAGGAGGACGGAUAAUGAAGCGCGCUGUCGGGCAUAGAACGGUAGCGGCAAAACGGCGGGGAGAGGUCGGGUCAGCGUCCAGCCCAAGACCACCUCUCAGCCAGUACCUUAAUAGUCAUGAGAGGCUACCUAGAGUUCAUUCCCAGCACGGGCCACAUCAUCAAGUUAUACGAUAGAGGAACGUCUCCCCUGUCAAUCCAGAUUUCUAUCAUGGUUUCCAGAGAAGGGCCGGGAGCGGCUCCCAAUCACCGAUCACUCACGUUUGCGAAGACGCUGGAGGGCGCCCUUCCCGGUUCCUCCAAGCCCACACGCACGGUGGGAUUGAACAUCCUUCUGGUCGGAGCGGCCGGCCACAAGGUCACCAUCUACGAGCAGACCCCCGUGCUGGGGGAAGUGGGUGCGGGGAUCCAAAUCCCGUCCAACUCGACCCGCAUCUUGUUUGAACUCGGGCUAGAGCCCUAUCUGAAGCCUUACGUCACCUCGCCAGAGUCUAUCUCCUUCCGUCGAUGGCAGAAUCGGACGGUGAUUGGAAAGACCAGGCUGGUUCCGGACUUCAUCGAUAACUUUCACGCGCCUUAUUACGUGAUCCAUAGGGCGGACUUUCACUCGGCGUUGUGUCGGAAAGCCAAGGAUAUGGUCGUCAAUUACGAUCCGCGGCUGGGUAGCAUCACCUUGGAAGACGGCACAAGCCACACGGGAGACCUGGUUGUUGCGGCGGACGGCAUCAAGUCUGUGGCUCGGAAGGUAGUCCUCAAUGGCGAGGAGAUGCCUUUCUUAAAGCCCGGCUUCGCUGCGUAUCGGGCGGUCGUCGACGUGAACCGGAUGAUCGGCGACUCGAGACACGUCAUGACCUAUACGAUCGGGGCGGGCAAAGCCUUUAACACGGUGCUCUCGCACCGGGAUACCUCCGACCCGGCCACGUGGGACGUGCGGACGGGCCUGCAGGAUAUGAAGGUUGAGUUUCAGGGAUGGGACCCUGUCCUCACCAAGAUCAUUGGGAUGGUGGAGAAGACGCUCAAAUGGCCCUUGAUGAGCGGCGCGGCGAUGGCCGUGGAAGACGGCGUGGCUCUGGCGCGCUCCUUAUCCCACAUGCGGUCCCGGGAGCAGCUGUCCGAGGCAUUAGCCAUUUUCGAGAAAGUGCGGAUCGUCCGGACGAGCCAGAUGCAGGAGGCCAGUCUGCUAAAUGGCCAGCUGUGGCGAUUUGCGGAUGGGCCCUUGCAGGAGGCGCGCGAUGCGGCCAUGGCGCGGGAAGUGGAGGGUCUCCCCUUCAGUCAGAGUCCGAAUCAAUGGAGUGAUCCGGCCACACAGAUGUGGUGUUAUGGCUACGAAACUGAGGGCGAGAACUGA